AUGUCAUCAUUUCCAGAGAAAGAAAACCCAAAAGUAUUAGUCUUAUUUGACGUUGAUGGCACUUUGACACCUGCCAGGUUAAGUAUUUCAGAUGAAAUGGAGGAAACUUUAAAAAAAUUAAAGAAAAAGGUUGUUAUUGGGUUCGUCGGUGGAUCGGACUUCAACAAGCAAAUUGAGCAAUUAGGUCCUAAUAUUUUGACUGAUUUUGAUUAUUGCUUUUCAGAAAACGGCUUGACUGCUUAUAAAAAAGGAAAAGAACUCGCUUCUCAAUCAUUUAUUGGAUGGAUUGGAGAAGAGAAAUAUAAUAAAUUGGUAAAGUUUAUUUUAAGGUAUUUGUCUGAUAUUGAUCUUCCCUUUAGAAGAGGCACGUUUGUUGAGUUCAGAAACGGUAUGAUUAACGUUUCUCCAGUCGGUAGAAAUGCUUCCACAAAAGAAAGAAAUGAAUAUGAGAAGUACGACAAGGAGCACAAAGUAAGAGAGAAAAUGGUUGAUGCUUUAAGAAAAGAAUUUCCCGACUACUCAUUAACUUUUUCGAUCGGAGGGCAGAUCUCUUUUGAUGUCUUCCCUACUGGUUGGGAUAAAACCUAUUGUUUGCAACACGUUGAAGGAGAAGGGUUCUCAGAAAUACAUUUUUUUGGUGAUAAAUCUUACAAGGGAGGUAACGAUUACGAGAUUUACAACGACAAGAGAACUAUCGGACAUGCUGUCAACUCUCCAGAAGAUACAAUUAGAAUCUUGAAUGAAAUUUUCAAGUUGAAUUAA